GGCGCGGGGGCCGUUGGCUCCAGACAAAUAAACAUGGAGUCCAUCUUCCACGAGAAACAAGAAGGCUCACUUUGUGCUCAACAUUGCUUGAAUAAUCUAUUGCAAGGAGAGUAUUUUAGCCCCGUGGAGUUGUCUUCCAUCGCGCAUCAGCUGGACGAGGAGGAGAGGAUGCGGAUGGCAGAAGGAGGCGUUACCAGCGAGGACUACCGCACGUUUCUACAGCAGCCCUCGGGAAACAUGGAUGACAGUGGCUUCUUCUCCAUUCAGGUUAUAAGCAAUGCCUUGAAAGUAUGGGGUUUAGAACUAAUUCUCUUCAACAGUCCAGAGUAUCAGAGGCUCAGGAUCGAUCCCAUAAAUGAAAGAUCAUUUAUAUGCAAUUACAAAGAACACUGGUUUACAGUUAGAAAAUUGGGAAAACAGUGGUUCAACUUGAAUUCUCUCUUGACGGGUCCAGAAUUGAUAUCAGAUACAUACCUUGCACUUUUCUUGGCUCAAUUACAACAGGAAGGUUAUUCUAUAUUUGUUGUAAAGGGUGAUCUGCCCGAUUGUGAAGCUGACCAGCUUCUACAGAUGAUCAGGGUCCAACAGAUGCAGAGACCAAAACUCAUCGGAGAAGAAUUGGCACAACUAAAAGAACAGAGAGUCCAGAAAACGGAUCUGGAACGAGUCUUAGAAGCAAAUGAUGGGUCAGGGAUGUUAGACGAAGAUGAGGAAGAUUUGCAGAGGGCCCUGGCACUGAGUCGCCAGGAGAUUGACCUGGAAGAUGAGGAAGCAGAUCUCCGCAGGGCGAUUCAGCUCAGCAUGCAAGGUAGUUCCAGAAAUGUAUCUCAAGAGAUUCCACAGACAUCAUCAGGUCCACAUCUUACUUCAGAAGAGCUACGGAAGAGAAGAGAAGCCUACUUUGAAAAGCAGCAGCAGCAGCAGCAGCAGCAGCAGCAGCAGCAGCAGCAGCAGCAGCAGCAGCAGGACGACCCACCAGCACAGCUUUCCCAGCCGUGUGAGAGGCCAACCACAAGUUCAGGUGCCCUGGGCAGCGAUCCAGAUGCUAUGAGUGAAGAAGACAUGCUUCAGGCGGCUGUGACCAUGUCUUUAGAAAUUGUUAGAAAUAAUUUCAAAACGGAAGGGAAAAAAUAAUACCUUUUACAAAUCAUUUAGACAUUCAUACUUCCCAACAUUAUCCUGGGUGAUUACAGCAUAGAGGGUCCAUUUUAGUACUGUGUUAAAAAAGCAGUGUUCAACAGAGGAAAUAAGACUUCAGACGGUUUGCAACAAAAAGGUGAGAAAGUGGAAAACUGUGUCAGUUGUAGGGCUAAAUACUGGCCCUCCAAACACUAGCCAAAGAGGCAUUUAGCAAUUAAAGAAAUUGAAAAUAGUUUUCUAAAUGUUCCUUUUCUUUUUGAGUGUGCAAUAUCUAACGUAUCUAAAGCUAGGGCAUUUUUCUUGGCUCUUUUUGCAAACCAACUAAUUAGCUCUUGCCACGGAACUUUUUCCAUACGUUUUCUUUUCAUAUUUUCUGUUCUGGUCGGUUGGCUCACUUUUUCAUCGUCUCUUAGUUGCUUCUAAUUCUCAUUAACCAAGUAAACCUUUUAAGACAGCGUCUCUUUUCUAUGUUGAUAGUAGUAACGGUUCCAGAAGGAUUAGCUGCUCUCCCUCCAAUAAUGUAGCGUGCCCUUGGAUAUUUUCUCCUGUUCCUUUCUCUGACCACAGUUUCUUGGGGACUUGGUUUUCCUUACUUAUCUACAACUCUUUUGAAAGAUGGUAAUCUUUCUUGAGGUUUUGCUCUCUAAGCCCCCAAAGUGGGAUCAUUGUUUCAUGGUUCUGAAGCAUUCCUAUACUCUGAAAUCAGCUCUGCACAAGUAUUUGAGAAUAAAUGAGAACUUUUUAAAGAUGUGAGCACAUCCUUUUCCAGAUGCUUUAUGAAUGUCUUCUCAAUUAUGUCAGACCUUUACAGCUUUGCUGUAGCCCUUUCUCUGGCACCUUGGUAUUUCCUUGUUUUCUCCAAUUGAGAAAAACAGGGAGAAGCAGGGUAUAUAAGCAAGUUUCCUUCUAUGUGAGACUUAAGAAAUAAUACCCACCAUGAAUGUAUGAGAGACAAAGUUUGGCUUUUGAUUUACUUGCGGCUUCAUUUUCUUCCCUCCUGUGCCUGGAGCUGUCCGUUGUGUUUCCGAUGGAGCCGCGGGGCGGAGAUGUCUGCCGCUGCUCUACGUCGUGAGGGGGGAGAGAUAGCUUGCCAGAGAGGAUGGUCUGGAGCAUAAAAAUAAUCUACUAACAAAAAUAUGUUUAAGUUUAUACUGUGAUUUGACACUCGCAUCAUGUUUAAGUAGCUAAAGAACUACAGAAGUCACACAGUACUCACUGGGUCUGUAAAUACGAAAGUCUUUAGUUUUGAUAAACAUUCUUUAAUCGGAAUGCACAGAGAGUUUGUUGCCAGGUCAGUACAGCCAUAUGAUUUUGGCGAAAACUAACUGUCUCUCUAAAGGGACAUUUCAGAUUCUGUCACGAAUUCCCCAUCCCUCAUUCUCCAUCCCUCUUUUGAAGCUCUUUUGAAUGUCGAAUCGAUCAUAAGCUAAAAGUUAGGAAAUUUCAGCCGACGGCUUAGAAGAUUAGAGUAUGAUGUGUCGCCACGACUAGUGUAUGGCUGUACACAUUUUAUCAGGGAACUUUUUUGAUCUGGGAUUUACGGCUGAGUUGAAAAGAGAUGAGAAAAUGACUUUUUAUGAUUAUGAAGUAGCUUUUUUUUUUUUUUGGAUAGAGACAAAUUAUUUUUAGUCGUUAUUUUGUGCCAAACCUUGCACAAUUAGACAGUUUUACUUUAAAGUCUAAAGUGUUCUUUUGAGAAUUGAAAAGGUUUUCAGAAGAGUUAUAAAACUUUAGAACUACAAGGGACUUUGGAGUUUAGUCCUGCUCUCUCAAGACUCACAAACCAAAAUAUUUUAAGACUGAACAUUUCUGUCAUUAUCCCCAGAAAGCUUGUCCUGUUUUCCACUGAUAUUUGGCUUUUACCUUUUCCCAUUGAAAAGUUACAUUCAACUUUUCGUACACUUGAAUGGAUGAGCUACCUAAUAUAAUAAUGAGUAAAGAAAUAUGCAGAAAGUUUUAACCUUAGAGUUUAUAAAGUUCUUAUAUUACAUACCUUUAUUAAAGCACUUAAGAAAAUAUAUAGCAUGUUGAUCUUUGUUUAGGGAUUUUUUUUUAACAGAGCUAAGUACACACUGGAAACGUUUGUGAAUGUGUUUAUUUAGUUUUUUAUGAAUGUUACAUUCAACAGGCAGAUCCAGGAUGACUGGGGGACUGCCAAUUUGUUUGAUUUGGCUUAAACUUAAUUUAGAUUCCAUUUCUUAAUCAAUUGGCCAGUGUGAAAAGAUGCCAAUGCCGGUAACUACAGUAUCAGAAAACUUAGGUAGAAACAAAGUAUAGUUCACACGUCAGGGACUGCAGUUUCCUGGCAUCCUCCUGCAAGAAAGUCAGUACAAUGAAAUUCACAAUAGCUGACCUGCUAAGAACUCCGCAUAAAGCUUUCCAUUCUGUUUUACCAAUUGGGAACACCUUAAUGUUUAAUAUUUAAACUGUUGGUAUCAUUUUUCUAAUGUAUAAGCUGCAUUACCAGGAUAAAACAGGUACAGUGGCUAUGCUGGUGUUUAAAGUGUAAACAAGUUUUGGAAACACCACUUUGAUAUUUUGAGAUGUCAUGGAUUUAAUAAGUAGUUAUUUAUGUUCUUAAAAUUCACAGCAGUUAAAAAAAUUCACAGCAGUUAACCUCUGUUCUAAAACCAUCAAUAAAUACUUUUUACAGUAAUUAACAUACAAAUAUUUCAAUAAUGUAAAUUGUUUGAAAAGAGUGCUGCAGGUAAACUCUAUUUUAACUUUUAAGAUCUAGGUCAAAUUUACAAUUCACAGAAUAUGUAAGGAGGUGCUUUUUUUUCUUUAAAACUUGAUUUUUCUUAAUGAAGACUUUAUUCAUGCCAAAGUUAAUAAGGGGAAAAGCUCAAAACUGGUUGAAGAUCAUUAUAGGUAAAACUACCAAGAGUCUGUGUUGUUUCAUUUAAUAUUAAGUUGAAUAAGGUAAUUUUUAUUCCUGUCAGAGCCUAAAUUACAAUUUUCAUGUCUGCAUGUUUGAUACUUCUUAAAUAGUACCAUGCGAGUGCCAAGAUUUAUUAAAUGUCUUAAAAUUGGCCCAUUGAACCCAUGCAGAUUCAAAGAAGACGGAGUCAGUACAUAAGCAAAAUAUUGUGAUAGAAAUUAAAAUGUCUCCCAUUGAAAUCUAGGUUUUUAAAUUCUCGAGCAGACUCAAUAAUUAAUAUUGAUGACUUCCUAUUAACUUUAUUUGCAACUGGAAAGCCCAGCGGCCACUACUCUGAAGUUGUUGUAUCUGAGCCCUAAGAAAUACGGAGAUAUUAUGUAUGUGAUCUUAAUUACGAAAAACCAGAUUGGAUCAAUUAAUCAUUUCAGCGGUGUUGAUAAUUUUUAUAUUUUCAAAAAGAAAACUUCCCUUUAUUCCUGGUCCCUUUACAAACCAGUGUUUUUUUGCUAAAGAAACGAACUAGCUUGUAUUUUUUAAAGUCUUACGUUAACAAAAAUAUUUUGUUCCAUUUUGCUUUCAUGAAUGAAAAGAUUAUUAAUAUGGUUGGUUAAUUCUUGAACUUUUAUUUUUUUUUUGAAGGAAAGCUAUGCUAUUUUUGUUUUCCCAAAAUGUCCCAGCAUUUUAAGAAUUCAUGCUAGUAACAUCACUUCUGAAUUUACAGUUACUUGGCUGUCAUGUUUAAUUAAUAAUACUAUAUCAGCAAAUGUUUUAAGACUGGAUUCAUAGACAAGGAAUGGGAAGCAAUAGUAAAAUAUAUGUGGAAAUUUCUGGUUCAUUUAGGAAGCACUUCCCUUGUUUCUUGCAUAGUUCAAAGGUGAGUGCUUCCGGGAAUUUUUUAAAGUUUUUUUUUUUAAGAGAAAAACAUACAUUUGAAUGUGAACAAUAGAAUUUCUACAACACUGGUCUACUAGAAACAACUUUUUAAAAAUUACUCUUGUGUAUAAAUUACUUGAAGUUCAAGUACAAAACACACCUGAAAAAGCAUGGUCUUUCGGCCAUGACACAAGGGCACGGUGGCAGUGCCGUUUGCUCGGGACCCCGCCACGCAGCCCUCUGGGUGUGUUCCUCCCCGCGAUCCUGCGGCCACUGCACCCCCGGGCCUUCCUGUCUGGUCCUGAGGAAAGCCGGGCUUCCAUAGCACUGUUGAGCACCGAGGGUUCUCUUGUACAUGCGGAUGACCAAUGAGUUGUAUUUUAAAUAUCAAAGAUUAUUAAAUAAAGAUAAUGUUUGCUUUUUUA